AUGGAGCUUCUUGGCCUAUUUGCCGCAUACGCAACGUUAUCAUCAAAACUUGCCUCCGGCUUGGGUGUUGCCUCCAUCGAUGGUAUGGAUAUACAUAUGCGCCGGCUUGCACCUCGGGCCAUGAGUGCCUUGCUUUUCGCCAUGGCGAUACAAGUAAUUUUCCUGGGCUUCGUACCUUUUGGUGCUGCUGCUAUGCUUGUAGCAAGUAUUGCAAAGUCUUACGCAACCUUGCGCGUGUUUGAAAUGGUUUGUGAAGCCGCUUCCCCCAUAUAUUGUCCAUCUUCUAAACUCAAGCAGGUCUAUUAUACCUUGUGGGCUAAUGCUGCCGUUAUCAAAAUGUUCAGCGUCUUCGCCACGCGAAAUGCUAACAUUCAGUCGUUCUACAUCCAGGCGCUUCACUACAUUGUUAGCUUUGCGUUGACCCUAGGCCAGCUCAUUGUAUUUACCCCAAGACACGUCACUAACAAGAAGUUGCUGUGGGCGCUGAUGCUUGUGCCUCUUCUUCCGUACCUGGCGCACAGGGCUGCUAUUCGCAGUGCGCGGUUUUAG